GGGAUCAUGUACUCCAUUGUGCUUCCUCUGGUAGUUAAACUCCGCGAAACUCCAUUGUCAAGUUUUUUUAACAUUACCACAUAUCCAGUGAUGUUUCCAUUAUGAUGAUCACAAGUUUGAUUUCUUCUGGAGCUGCAGAUGGAGCUGAAAAAAUGUGAGUCAUUAAACAAUCAAAAACUAUGCAAACCAAACAUACCAGCCUGAUUAGUUGUCACAAUA